AUGGAGUCCAACCUGCAGGGGACGUUCCUGCUGAACAACACGCCACUGGCUCAGUUCUCGGAGAUGAAGGCCCCCGUGUGCCAGUACUCCGUGCAGAACUCCUUCUACAAGCUCAGCCCUCCGGGUCUGGGCCCCCAGCUGGCCGCUGGCACCCCCCACGGGAUCACGGACAUCCUGAGCAGGCCCGUGGCCACACCGAACAGCAGCCUCCUCUCCAGCUACCCCCACGUGGCAGGCUUUGGUGGACUCAGCUCCCAGGGGGUCUACUAUGGACCCCAGGUGGGGAAUUUUCCCAAGGCUGGCAAUGAGUACCCCACCCGGACCCGGAACUGCUGGGCGGACACGGGCCAGGACUGGCGAGGCGGGAGGCAGUGCAGCAACACCCCAGAUCCCCUGAGCGACAGCAUCCACAAGAAAAAGCACACCCGGCCCACCUUCACGGGCCACCAGAUCUUUGCCCUGGAGAAGACCUUUGAGCAGACCAAGUACUUGGCUGGCCCUGAGAGGGCACGGCUGGCAUACUCACUGGGGAUGACUGAGUCACAGGUCAAGGUGUGGUUCCAGAACCGAAGGACCAAGUGGCGGAAGAAGAGCGCCCUGGAGCCGUCGUCCUCCACGCCCCGGGCCCCGGGCGGCGCGGGAGCGGGCGGGGAGCGCGCCGCCUCGGAGAACGAGGACGACGAGUACAACAAGCCGCUGGACCCCGACUCAGACGACGAGAAGAUCCGGCUGCUGCUCCGCAAGCACCGUGCCGCCUUCUCGGUGCUCAGCUUGGGCGCCCACAGCGUCUGA